AUAGAAUUAGAUCCCACCAGUACAUUUACACACAGUAUUACACCAUGACAGACAAGCUACCAUAUAAGGUAACGUUAAGUAUCCCAUUUGAAACCCAUGAGCAAGCAACCAUAGCUAAAAAUACCUUAUCACCGGACCCAAUAGUCAAAUCAGUUGACGAAUUUAACAUUGAAUACGAAAUUAACGAUAAUAUACUUCAGAUUCUAUUCUCAGGCGCUAGUAAUAGAAUAAUUAGAGUCACGAUAAGUAAUACUAUUGAUAAUUUAAAGACUAUCCUUGAAUGUAUUGACGAGUUUGAAGGCAAACAAGAUCAUUUGUUUGAAAUUGACGGUGAAAAGUUUACUGGAUAGUUUAAAUCUUUAUAGAGAAGUAGUUCUAGUUUAUGUACAGAGUUAUAUAAAUCAGUUGGUUAGU